UAAACUUCAGGCGACUAGAAAUAAAAAUAAAAUGGGAUCAAAUAUACGAAUUCGAGCGUUAAAAAACGAGGUAAAAAUUGAUCCAAAUUUAUGUGUGAGCAGUUCUCUUUGGUAUGAGCAAGAGAGAAAGAGAAAAAGAGGAACAGAGAGGAGCAAAGUGCAGAAGGUGCAAUAAACGAACAAAUCUGCCUCGAGAGAGUCGGGAGCCGUCUGGCUCCCUCCAAGUUAUCGAACGUCAUUUACGUCAAUUUACGUUCGAGCUGCCGGGCCGCUCGAUAGCGAUCGCUACUUCCGAAAAUCCAUUGUCUCCGAAAAUCUCUCUCCAAAUAGCACCAAGAUGCCUACAGCCAAGAAGAGUAAAGAAGACGCAAACAAGGAAGCUUAUAGUAUAGAUGCCACCCAGGAAGCCAAAUCCUUCUUAGAGAAAAUCAUGGGUGAUGUGAGCAAGUCUUCAGCGACCAAACAGAUCAUCAUUGGUAGCACAUCGGGAUGGGUAACUGGAUUCGUCACCAUAAAGAUUGGAAAAGUGGCAGCCUGUGCAGUUGGCGGUGGAAUUAUCAUGCUGCAAAUUGCUGCGCAUCAGGGUUACAUAAAUAUCAAUUGGGAUAAGGUCAUGAGAAAGGCUGAGAAAAUAACGGAUAAGGUGGAAGAAAGGAUUACCGGCGAAGGGCCAAAUUUCAUGGAUAAGGUCGAGAGAUACGUCGAUAGAAAGCUGGAUAAAGCUGAACAUUUGAUGAAACAAGGAGAGACUCGUACGCGACGUUGGUAUCAUGCGUUGACCGGUGGCGAGGAUAGCUUCCAGCCAACGGAAUUCCACUUCUUUCUGGUUUCGUUUGUGGCGGGAGUCGCGAUCGGUGUCGCCACCGCUAACUAGGUAAUAAGUUGCUGCACUCUGAAUGCAACCAAGAGAAAGAUCGACAUCCACGUCGCGUCGAAGGGCAGCUGCUCGACUGUUAUCGACGCGCACGACAACGUCGUCGACGAGUAUAACAAUACAAUCAUGGAUGAGGUAAGGAACAAGAUCAACGUGCUGAAGAAAUGGGUGGCGCGAACUACGCUUAAUAAUCCUAGAUAAAUAGCUUUAUUUUUUAGUUUGUCACUGAUGAUAACGAUGAGUAAAACCUAUUCAUACACUACAGAACUGCUUAUAAUAUUUUUCCUUUCUUUUUUUAGAUCCUAAACUGAGAGUACAUAACAAAACAGGUUGUAGAUCUACAAUAAAUUUUUCAAGAUUAUCAAGUAGAGUAAAUUUUGCUCAUCGCUAUCCUCUCUAGAAUUAAUACAUCAAACAAAUGAAAGUCGCUAAUGUUUUCUCGUUAUUUGAUUAAGAAAAUGGAUUUAUUUAUACUAGCGAAAUUUAUUGAAAUUUUAUAGGCAUCACUUCGAUAUGUUAUUCACUUUAUAUUAUAUAUUCCCGUAAAUUCGUUCUCUGUUCGGAAUAUUUCUUAUAAAAAAAAUUUUUAGAAUCUUGGUAAUUUUGCUGUCACCAUUUGCAUAGAACAUGUGCGAACCAAAAAAAAAAUAUACAUAUAUAUAGUGUGCAUAUGAAACAAUAUAGAGAUUUCUUGUUCGUUCAGAAUGCAGCAAGAGAUUAGUCAUUCUAGGAUAUAAACAUUAGAAUAAUAUAAUUGUACACUACUUAUAUUAUAUUAUUAUUCUAAGGAAUUGCGAUUUAUAUUUUUUCCUUAUUUAUAUACUGCAUUCGCUAAUCGCCGUUUAUAUUUCCGUCACAUUCAUACAGAUCUUGAUAUGUAUUGUCUACAAUAAAAAUAAUUUAACCAUAUUCACUGUAAA